AUGGUGUCCUCAACGCCAUGGGGAAUCCUUGCUUUGGCAAUGGUGAUCAUAUCUAAUUUGACAUCAUCAGUCACUGCCAUCCCAGACCUUCGAAUUAUGCCCCUUGGAGAUUCUAUCACCAAAGGUAGCGGGUCUUCCGGCAUUGUCGGCUACCGAGGGCCACUCCGUGAGAAGCUUCUGAGUCAUGCCAAGAAUAACGACUUUAGUGUCGAUAUGGUUGGCAGUCUCACAGAUGGCAACAUGCCGGACAACGAUCACGAGGGUCAUAGUGGAAAGUAUCUCGCCAACAUUAACGAGUACUGGAAGCUCUCUAUCAAGGCACGGCCCAACGUUGUUCUUAUCCACGCCGGUACAAACAACAUGGAUAAGAAUGUUGACCUUGGCAUUGCCAUCGAUAUCUACACAGAUAUCAUUGAUGGAAUAUUCAAGGAAGUCCCUGGAGUUACUAUCCUUGCUGCACCAGUCAUUUGGGCCAAUAAACCAGCAAUGCAGGCCAACACCGAUAAAUUCAAUCCACAGAUCGAGGCUCUUAUCAAAUUAAGACGAUCGCAAGGAAAGCGUAUCCUUUCUGUACCUAUCGAUAUCGCAGUGGGUGAUCUCUCAGACCUGAAACACCCUAACGAUAAAGGCUAUAAGAAGAUGGCUGAUGCCUGGUUUCAAGCUAUACUGGACGCUGAUUCUCUUGGUCUCUUGCAAAAGCCAGCCAAGGUGACGGACAGCGAUGCACCUGGCACAGGUAUCGGGACUGGGUCUGGCUCCGGUUCUGGGUCUGGUUCUGGCGAUCUAGGCGAGAUUGAAGGAAAAAUCUGGGACAAAAAGGGCACUGUCUUCGAAGGCUUCAAAACCUGGGAGUCAGUAGGCCCUAUCUCUUCGGCAGCCGAGAAUGGUAGCCGCGAUAAGUUGAUCUUAGCUGAUCUCAAUGGCGAUGGAAUCGCUGAUUAUGUCCUCGCCGACAACGACGGGACGGUCCGGGCUUGGAUCAAUGGCGGUAAACCCGAUACCUGGACCAGUCUUGGAAAGGUCAACCCGGACUGGUCAUCAAUCAAAGGUGAUAUGGUUCGCAUGGCCGAUGUUGAUAACGACGGCAAGGCCGAUCUGAUUGUGCUUUACUCAGAUGGCGCAGCCAAAGUUUGGAAGAACACUAACAAUGGGAAGGCCUUUACAGCCCUUGACGCCAAAUGGGCGACAGGUUUAGAGUCGCAGGAGAAGGUCUUUUUCGAAGAUAUUGACGGCGACGGUUAUGCUGAUUAUGUUAUCGUGUACUCCAGCGGUAGCGUCAAAUGGGCCCGCAAUACGCACAAUAACGGCAAGGACAGUGGCAAGAAGAACUGGGAGUCCGCAGUAACUAUUGCGCCUGGCCCAGCGGGUAUACCUGAGAAUAGCGCGAGAAUCCGUGAUAUCGACGGCGAUGGAAAAGCCGAUUACCUUAUUGUUUACGAUGGCGGCGCCGUCAAGGCUCUCCGCAACACCAUCAGUGACGGAUCUAGUGGUCGCAAUUGGAAUGACCUUGGUACGAUUGCACCAGGCAUUUCGGGCGUUACCGGAAAUAUGAUCCGUUUUGCUGAUAUGGACGGUGAUGGUCUGGCCGACUUCCUUGCUGUUGCUGAUGACGGAAGCAUCCGUAUGUGGAAGAACCUGGGUAUCGUUGGUACCAAAGGUUCCAGUAUGCGGUGGGCUGACUUGGAUGGCGAUGGUAAGGAUGAUAUUAUCUCGGUUGAUGCCAAGGGCCGCGCCCGCGCAUGGAUCAACAAGGGAUCGACGUGGGAUGCGAUCGGCGAGAUUGCCCCAGGCUUAGAUGAGGACCUCUCGUCAGCUCGUAUAGAGUUUGCGGAUGUCAAUGGCGACGGCUAUGAUGACUAUCUUGUCAUUUAUGGUGGUGGGGCUGUUAAAGCCUACCUGAAUACCCAGGACAUCCUCGUCAAGGGCUCUCGCAAUUGGCACAAUGCCAUUACAAUAUCACCUGGCGUCGGAGAGCCAGGUAGCAAGGUCCGGUUUGCUGAUCUGAAUGGAGAUGGGUAUGCCGAUUUCCUUAUCCUCUACGAUGGCGGAGCUGUUAAAUGCUGGCUUAACAACAAGACUAUCCCACCUAGGGACGGUGAGAGGAUCUGGAAGGAGGGCGAAAUUGUUGCAACAGGAGUCGGAGAAGCAGGACACAAGAUCAGGUUCGCCGAUCUCACUGGCGACGGCAAAGCUGACUAUAUUGUCCAAUACGACGGGGGCGCUGCAAAGGCCUACCGUAACAACGGCAGGAUUGGCAGUUCAAGCAGUGGUAGGAAAUGGAGCCUCAUGGGCACGAUCGCUACCGGCGUCAGUCCACAGGGACCUGUGCACUACGCAGACUUCAACGGCGACGGAAAGGCUGACUACCUCGUUGUCUUUGGCGGCGGGGCUGUGAAUGCCUAUGUCAACUCGUACGAUUGGAAGGCAAAGAAGCCGGUAGACGACGACAAGGACAAAGAUGACGACAAGGACAAAGACGAUGACAAGGAAGAUAAUUCUGUAUGCGAGUCAGCCCCCAAAACACACAGCGACAAGGACAUGCCCACGGGCUAUUACAUGGAUUGGAAGUAUAUUGAAGACCAGUCGUCCGCUAUCGUGGGUUGGCAGUACAUUACCAUUGUCAAUCUCACUCCGCACACGUUCAAGUAUGAUUCGGAUCGCUCUCAUCACUAUCAGAUGACCCACUGGGAUUUUGAGGACAUUCCCCCAGGCAGGUCGCGCCAAAACGCCGUCGAGUACUCCUAUGAUGCAGGGAUCAAGAUUGACAGCAAGGGUGAGGCCUACUAUACCAUUGAUGGCACCAACGACAAGUUUACGGUCGAGGUAACCAAUAACGACAGGUCAAAUUACCCCAAACGUAUCAUCUUUGACCUGAGGGGUAUGGGCGCUGGAUGGAGAGAGUACAAUUGCCCCAGGACUGAGACUCCUGUCACACUUGUCAUCACAGGAAGUGCAGAUUACGAGGGUGGGUACAUCACAUCUCUGGUGCAUGGCGACGCUGGUUGGAUGCAGGGUAUCAAGGACACUAUCGAGAAACGAACUCUGGAUCAGAUCGUGAUGCCUGGUAGCCAUGACGCCGGCAUAAGCAAGGUCACCAACGGCUUGUUAUCUGUUGGCUCCUGGAGGAACUCGCAGACUCAAAACCUCAACAUUAACAGCCAGCUACGGGCCGGCUCACGUUGGUUUGAUCUACGAAUUAGCAGCGUGCAUAAGCCGAACAAGGCCUAUGAUUUCUGGGCUCUGCACGUCAAUGAUGAGACCGCUCACACUGCAGUUGGGGUAGCAGGUGAGAAGUUCAGCGAGAUUGUGGACGAGGUCAAUGCGUUUACCAGCAAAUUCCCUGGCGAGGUGAUCAUCUUGCACAUCCGUUAUCUGGUCGGUAUCAGAGAGUCACCUAUCGCGGGGCCUAUAUAUUGGGACGAUGAGCUGAAGGAUGACUUCUUUGGUAGACUCAAAGAGAUUAACAACCGUUGCGGUGGACUUGACCACCAGGGUCAAUUUGAGAAAUACAAGGUUGGCACUUUGAUGAACAAGAAUGCUGGCAAAGGGUGCGUUCUUAUAUUUUUGGACACCGAGAAUCUGGAUGAGAAGAUCGAAAAAGAAGACCAGAUUUCGGAGAAGGAUGGUAUUUACAGGAAGGGUUCCAUGUCCGUGCAUGAUCCAUGGCCGAACAAGGGCAACACCAAGGACGCUGUCGAGUGGACGAUCGACGAGUGGAAGAAGAGGUCCAAGUCUGGCAUGCACGUCGGCCAGUGGGUGGUCACACCUUACUUCAUGCUCGACGCCUCCAUUAUGGAGGCCUCCAUCCUCCCGACAAACCCGGCAUUGUACUGGCGCGGCUUCAACGAGAUGACGCCUGAAGUCUUCCCUAACGUGCUGCUGGUUGACUUCAUCGCCAACGUCCUUCCCAGUCGGCUUGAUCCCGAAUGGGACACGCUCAGCGCUGAGCUGCAGGUUCUGGCUAUUGGACUUAACCUGUACCUAAUCAGUGAGAACUGCAAAAUCAGCUCAAUACGACCUCCGCUUCUGCCCAGCAAGGGUGGUAACAAGUUCGCGAGCGGUCGCAAGAGCGGGUGGAAUGGCGUCGUCUUUGGUAACGGAACUCGGCUGGACGAGACUCCCCCAGGAUUUCCUCUGGGGUGCACCGCAACGCUGCCACAAGGGACCGUUUUUGGAAAUGGAACCGUGCUGCGGCAUGAUGUGCCAAAUCCCGGCUGUGCACCGCCUAAAAGGCCUGGUUCAGUUUUGCCCACCUUCACUAUCCCUGCUAUCAUUACCCCGACCAACACCCCACGGGCUCUCCACUGGGCGGCCUGA